AUGCAGCCUCUGUGUCGUCUGCGUGUGGGGCAGUUUGCUAGGCGCGUCGCGCUCCAGCGUGAGCGGGCUGGCCGGAGAGCGGGCUGGCCGGAACCAGGACGGGCUGGCCGGAACCAGGAGCGGGCUGGCCGGAACCAGGAGCGGGCUGGCCGGAACCAGGAGCGGGCUGGCCGGAACCAGGAGCGGGCUGGCCGGAACCAGGAGCGGGCUGGCCGGAACCAGGAGCGGUCUGGCCGGAACCAGGAGCGGUCUGGCCGGAACCAGGAGCGGUCUGGUCGGGCUGGCCGGAACCAGGAGCGGUCUGGCCGGAACCAGGAGCGGUCUGGCCGGCAAGACGGUCGCGAAGCCAGGCAACGGCAACACGAAGUCUUUUCGGCCAGAGCUUGGUCCAGCAAUCUGGACGGCGGCAGGGGCGACCAAGCCAACGAGGCGGACAACCCUUUCAAGCGCUUUCAGCAUGCGUCUCGGUUGCAUGUGCGCGAGGGCAAGGAGAAGCUGAUGAUGUGGCCGCAGAAGCCGCUUCAAAUGGCGGAGCAGCCUUGUCCCCUUUAUGACGGCGUCGGCUUCGCGGUGCGGGAAGAACUUCUGGCUCACAUCGACGAAAUGCAUGGAGGGUUGCAGAGAUAUCGGAACGCCUACCUGCACCUGGAGUCCUUGUGUCCGCACAUCGUUGCAGGCUCCGAAGUGCGACACUAUGUGAGCAACUACGCCGAGUUUUUGCGUCGGUCCGCCAUGGACUGGGAGGCAUCGGCGCUGUCGUGCGCGCGGGAGCGGAUCGGAUGUGCUUUCUGUGCAAGGUGCUUUUGGCGCGAAUCUAUGCAAGAGUGUUUUUUGAAGGGACCGAAAUGUUUUAUGGCAGCGGCAGAAACUGUCUGGGAGAUGUUGUCCGUCAAACGUUACCACGAGAGAUGGCCGCUCAUUCCGACGAAGGAGUUAGAAGCCUCGAUUGUCGACGUGGGCACGGCUCGAUGUCCUGUUCUUGUCUUGCUGCACAAACGCCGGGUAACGGGUGAUAUGGUGCGGGGGAAUGCUCCUGCGGCCGUAUGUGAAGAUUGCGUGGAAGCUUUCUCAGGGCGGAAGCCUUGGCUUUGCAAAUACGCCCUGGCGAACGAUCUGUGGUUGGGCCGUCCCGAUCCAUUACUCUGGAAAGCCAACAUGACGCACGAAAUGUGUCUGGCGUUGGCGAGGACUGUUGCCACGAAAGUAGUGUUGCGCGCCGGGGGCGCCUCUCAAGCCGAGAGCAGCAACAGGCCGAGCAACUCGUGGGACUACGUCUUUCAGCAGUCCGGUUUGGUGGGAUCUGCGGUUGUUUUCCAUAAUGGGGAUGCCGAGUAUACGCUGGAGAGCUUGCCACCUACCAAGCUCAACGACGCUUUGGCAGUAUCCUUUUGCGUUGACCUGCCAAGCGCGGGAAUGCAGGAGCAAAGCAGGGCGACGGUGAGCCGAAUUGCGCGGCUGCAGCUUCACAAGGAGGAGUUUGUUCAGCAAGCUGAAGCUUUGCGAGAGACGAACCCGGUCUAUCGAAGUGGCGUGGACGAAAUCAAUCGAGAGCUUUUGGCUGAAUGGUUUUCCAGCGAGGACGGGCCCGGCGCGGUUCGGCAAACCGGGCCAGCGGAGGCAACUGAAGCUGCCCAGCGCACUCGAGAUUCUUCCGAGUCCGAGACCUGCGUGCUCGCCAUGGAGCCGCAGGUGGAGGACUUCAAUUCCCGCGGCCGAGAAAUCUCUAUGCUGGUCGUGAGCAUGUUGCAGAAGUUGGAAGAGUUGCAAGAUGCUGGCGCUCGGUCUGUUGCUCUGGAGAUGGAAACCAUGGUGGAUGAGCAGCGCACUCUGGUGGAUCACCUGGACCGCCAACACAUUCUGGAACUCUGCCGCCAAAUUCACGAGUCUUGCAGGCAACUUUCCGCUGCGGAGAAGCAAAGUCGUCUGGAGCGCGAGUUGCGAGAUGCCGUCAUGGGCAAGUCUCGACGGUUGAAUGCUUCGGAAGCAGCUCUCGCGCCGCGUGUUGCGGAACAGGAGGAUGAUCGGCCUGCGCCGGAAGAAGCAGAUCAUGUGCAUGGAGAUGCUGCGGAGGAGGACGGUCAGGCCGCGCAUCUGUUGGUGGCACGUCUGCUUUUUUUACGCGAAGAGCUUGCCUAUGCUGUCGACGGGGAGCUUGAUGAAGGGGAUGCGGCGUUGCGACCCGUAUUGGGAAGUCAGCCCGCGUCGGAUCCUUCGGAGGCAGUGCGACCCGUAUUGGGGACCCAGCCCGCGCAAAAUCGUUUCUCCGGCGAUUGGACAGCAUUACACAUGAUGGCGACUGUGUCUCGUCUGACUGAUCAACGCGCUGCCGCAUACAAUUUCCUGAAAAACGGUGGCAUGGCAUUUGCGAAGAAACUACGGGAACUCAGCGCAGAGGAUCUCGCCAGUGCCGCCCGCGCCGCGCCGCAGGCCGGGGGUACGGAUCAGUUUUUCAAAGAAGCUGCAGUGCCGCAGACAGUGAAGGAUGCGCUGCACGCCAUGAAUGGCGUCGCUUACAUGGAAGCGCUCGGACCUCCGUUGAUUUUCCUGACUCCAAACGUAGCGGAUACUCAGCAUCCGUUGCUUCUGGUGGUUCAAGGGGAAGUCGUCGAUCUGGGUGCUGUGAGCGGAGAUAUGGAGACAGUCCUGCCAAAGUAUCGGGACAUGCUGCGACGCUUGGCACAGGAUCCUGUGGCUCUGACCGUUCAGUUCGAGCUUUUGAUGCGUCUGUUUUUCCAGCAUGUCCUGAAUGUUCGACCAGACACACUGGAUUGCCGACGCAACGCGCCUCGCCGCGGAGCGAGGGAGUGGUGCAGCGAUGGUGUGGCGGCGGCUUCUACUGGCGCUGGCAUGUUGGGUCCCAUUCUGGCUUUCCGCGGCGAAAUCGAAGCUCAGGGUCGGGGAUCUUUGCAUCCUCACAUUUUGGUUUGGCUCGUUUGUCGUCAUAUGCAAGUUGUCAGCGAUCUGGCGAGAAUGCUGCGUGAAGAGAAACAUGUGCUUCAAGAACGCCUCCGAACUUUCAUGCGCAUGACGGUCGCCAGUUUCGAAUCCAUAGCCCAUGCAUCGGUGCAAGCUGCGCCGCGCAUUUUCGGCGAUCUGGACGCGGGUCGGCCUGUGCCCGUCAGCUCUGUGGCGGGCAACUUGUGCAAGUAUGAUGGCGGGUGCGAUUUGGAUUUGUUGAGAGAGAUGACGGACUUGUCCGAAGACCAGCAACGAUUUCUUAGCGCUUCUUCAGAAGAGGCCUGGCGGCGACCCGAAAUGCAUCUGGAGGAUUCGACAGGCGGCGCUUCGUCGAUUCUCAGUACUCCGAUUAACUGUCUGCCGGUGGCGCAGACUCCAGGCUAUCGCCUGCGGAGUGUGCUCGCCACUGAAGCAGACCCGACAGCUGAUGCCGAUGCGUGGCAGUUGGCGUUUUGCCAGGAUCUGCACGAUCUGGCUCCUUCGCUCCUGAAGCACAUGUGCAGCGAGUCGUGCUACAAGUAUUCGGAUUCCUCUGCGACUCGAUGGAAGAUCUGUCGACACGGCUAUUAUCACGUGGUCUUUUUGUGUGAAGGCUGCCGAGCACGUCGCAAAGGCAAGCCGCUGCGACCCGUCAUUCACAUUGGCAGUGCUGCAGAGAUGGAGUUUGGCUCCGCCGGCAAAAUGCGUCCGAUUCAAUUGACUCCUUUCGAAGUGCAGACCUGCUACGGCGGCACCGUCGCGGGCAGGCAUAAUUUGGACGUCCAGGACAUGCGGCGCGUGCUCGAUCCCGCUUUGUGGCUGAGGGCGAGUGAAAGACUGCCUCAGAUCGCUGGUCCGGCUAAGCAACUUGGCUACAUGGCCGAGUACGAGUGGAACGGCACAGAGUACGAGUCGCGUUCGCCGUUCUCAGCCGUGUCUGUGUCCUGGGCAUCUCGACGACGGCUAGCAGCCGGGUUUCGGGAAGAUUGGUUGCAAGCGCAUCGAGGCAGGAAGUCAAGAGAUGAGUCCUCUUCUUCCUCUUCAGAGGCAGACGGGGAGAUCGACCUGGACAAGGCCAUUCGCUGUGGAAUCAGCGAAGCAUUCGCAGAUGGCAUCAACAGCGGCUUUUACGUGAACAGAUACGACACGAAGCCGAAUCAGGGAUUGGGAGGCGUGCUGGAGGAGCUUCGUCGAGGCUACGGUAGUAAAAUAAACUGCCGCUGA